AGAAUUUUUAACUUUCUUUUGCACGCAACUGGUAAUAAUUUAACUGCUGGGCAAGUAAGAAGAAGUAAUGGUAGGGGCAUAGGUCAAGGUGAUGUCUCUAAGUUAAAAAUUGUUUGUAAAGAUGCAGUGGAAGCAAAUGAUUUAGUUAAUUUAUUGCACUUAAAAUUCUACUUAAAAGAAGAGGUUGAUUACAAGGAAUCCGAAACUUAUGGUGCUAACAAAGUGGUCGCGAAGGAAGGAUACCAAAGAUAUCUCACUGAAUUAGAAAAAUUACAAGGCAUUAAAGAUAAAAUGCUUGUCCAUUAUACAAAUACUGAUAAUCCUUUGGAUAUUUCGCAAUUAGAUUAUUUGAAAGAAUUUCAAGCACAGAAUGUGACAAAUAUUAAAACAACUAUUUAUCAAGUAGCGGGAGUUAGACAAAAUGUUAAUUCAUUAGUGGGGUUUUUAAUGGGCGAGGUUUUGGCCGCGAAUGCUAAUGGUUUUUAUGUAAGUGAUCGGGGUAGUCAAAAUAUAACUGAUCUUAUUGCUACUGAUUUAGAUUUUGACACUCAGAAUGAUACUUCUGCUAAUGCUCCAAAUGGUGUCACCAAAAAACUUUUCCCGACGGCUAACGGAGAAUAUCAAGGCUUUAAAAUUGUUGAUGGCACGGAAGUAAAACAAAGUGCUAAUAAUGGUGACGUUGAUGCUACCCAUAUUCUUGGUAAUUAUUAUGAUCGUUCUACUAAGGGACUUACCAAAACUAACUGGAACCGAGCAGGAAA